GCAGCUGUUUCACCUCUUGUCCGUGCUUUUAGGUCCGCUCAUGCUUCUGCAAGCAACAAUGGGACAACAACAAGAAUUCAAUGCAACGGGACAUGAAGUCCAACAAGAAUUCAAUGCAACGGGACAUGAAGACCAACAAGGAUUCAAUGCAACGGGACAUGAAGACGACGUCGUUACUCAACGCUUCCCUUGGGAUGCCGUAGCAAAAGGUCUCGUUGGUGUAGGUCAGGUCCUCGGAAGCAUCUUCGGACACUGAUAACACGAUACUGAGCAAAUCC